CGGUUGGCCGUUGCACUUUGCGGCUGCGCGUGGUAUGAGCGGUGCGGGCCCUUUAAGAGGUUUACCUGGCGGCCACACCUGCCGGCCUAGCGCCAGGGGGCUCGCCUUGUGAGCGGGGGAAGCGAGGCAGUCAGUACCACUCCGGAGCUCAGUGACCAUGAUGCAAAUUGACUUGAUUUUAACUGAAUAAACUGAUCAACAGUUGGGUCAGAGAACCAACAAUUGAUAGCUGUGCUCCCUCUACUAAACUAGAACAAUGAAGAGAUUCCGAAGACACGGACAUGAGCUUAACCGGGAGCGCAUCAAACAGGACCUGUUCCAAUUUAACAAGACUGUGGAGCAUGGAUUUCCACAUCAGCCCAGUGCUCUUGCUUACUGUUCAAGUCUCCAGCUCAUGGCCAUUGGAAGCCGAUCGGGCGCCUUCAAGAUCUACGGCGCACCUGAGGUGGAGAUCAUGGGCUUGCAUGAGGAGAAUGCAGCUGUUACCCAGAUUCAUUUUCUACCAGAACCGGGUCAGCUGGUGACACUCUUGGAUGACAACAGUCUGCAUUUAUGGAAAGUGAGGAAAAGCCCAGAUGGAUUGAGUGUCCUAAAGGAAGAAUCUCAUUUUAAUCUAAAAGGACAACCUGGUGCUCCACCAAGUGUCACUACAAUAACUGUCGUCCUCCCUCAUUCAUCUGGUGAUGUGCUAUUUCUGGGGACAGAAGGUGGCUGUGUGUUUGUAGUGGAACAUCCAUCUUUGAGAGAGCAGGAAGAGCGAACCAUCACCCAUGAGGCUGUUCUACAGAAAGUGCCUGAUGAUUAUCAAAGUAAACGUUCAUUGGGAUCUGUGGAGGCCCUGGAGGAGAACCCAAGAAACCCCCAUCAAAUAUUGAUUGGAUAUAGCAGAGGCCUUAUCAUAUUGUGGGAUUUGCAGACUAGUGAAGCAACACAUCAGUUUUUGGGAGAUCUGCAGCUGGAGAGUGUGACCUGGCAGAGGGAUGGACGGCAGAUCAUCAGCUCCCAUAGUGAUGGUAGCUACUGCCAAUGGCCAGUAUCAAACAAUGAUCGAUCACCACAGCCUUUAGAAAACAAAGUGCCUUAUGGUCCUUUCCCUUGCAAAGCAAUUCCAAAGAUUCUUUGGCUUACAACCAAGCAAAGGACUCCUUUCAUCAUCUUCAAAGGAGGGAUGCCUCGGGCCAGCUAUGGUGACCGACAUUGUAUCUCUGUCCUACAUGGCUCCAAGCAGAUUGCGUUUGACUUCACUUCUCGGGUCAUUGAUUUCUUUGUUGUUGAUGAGGGUGAAUCCAAAUCUGAUUGUGAUGAGCCAAGUGCAUUGCUUGUCCUAGCAGAGGAAGAACUGGUAGCAAUUGACUUAAAGACCCCUUCAUGGCCAGUGAUUCAGUCACCAUACCUGAUACCCCUCCACUGCUCAGCAAUUACAUGUUCCCACCAUGUAUCCAACAUCCCCGUUAAACUCUGGGAGAGAAUCAUUGCUGCUGGCAACAAACAGACCUCUCACUACUCCACUAAGCCAUGGCCAAUUGAUGGAGGGUACAGCACCGUCUCUGAGCCCCCACAGAGAGAUCUGCUCCUCACUGGACAUGAAGAUGGGACAGUUCGUUUCUGGGAUGCCUCUGGAGUCUGCCUGAAGCCUCUUUAUAAACUCUGCACAGUUGGUGUAUUUGUCACUGAUGCAGAUCACAAUGACAACCUGAAUCAGUCUGGGGAAGAUGAAUGGCCACCCUUGCGGAAGGUGGGCUCCUUUGAUCCAUACAGUGAUGACCCCAGGCUGGGAAUCCAAAAGAUUCACUUGUGCAAGUAUAGCAGUCACUUAACUGUGGCGGGCACUGCAGGACAGGUUUUGGUGUUGGAGUUGAAUGAUGAAGCUGCUGAUCAGGAAGUGGCCUGUACACUUGUUGACAUCUUGCAGGACCAGGAUACUUUUAAGUGGAAAGGGCAUGAGCGCCUGAACCCACGUGAGGAGCCUGUCCACUUCUCCCCAGGCUUCCAACCAUUUGUGCUAGUGCAAUGUCAGCCCCCAGCUGUUGUAACAUCACUUGCCCUACAUUCUGAAUGGAAACUAGUGACUUUUGGCACAAGUCAUGGCUUUGGGCUCUAUGACUACCAGCAAAAACGCACCGUUGUGGUGAGGUGUACACUGCACCCCAGUGACCAGCUGGCCCUGGAAGGGCCCCUCUCAAGAGUAAAGUCAAUCAAAAAAUCAUUGCGACAUUCAUUCCGUCGGAUCCGGGGGACCAGAGCAUCUGGGAGGAAAAGAGCAAUACCUGGGAACAAUGCAGCUAAGGUACAAGAGGCCAAUGCUAGGAUGGACCGGGAAGCAUUAAAUGAGAUGGAGCUGGCCCCAGUGCAGCGCAGAAUUGAGGCUCGAUCUGCUGAAGACUCCUUUACUGGAUUUGUUCGAUCACUUUAUUUUGCAGAUUCUUUUGUAAGAGAUGGAUCUUACCAUGGGCCGUCACUGUGGGCUGGUACCAAUGGUGGGACCAUAUUUGCAUAUGCUAUUACCAUUCCAUCUGUGGAGAGGAGGAUGGAAGAGCCUGUCACUGCAACUCAGGUAAAGGAAAUCCAGUUAAUGCACAGAGCUCCUGUAGUUGGGAUCUUUAUUCUGGAUGGUCGAGGAAUUCUCCUCCCUGAACCACUAGAAGCAGCACAUGAUCUUUCCAAGAGCCCGGACAUGCAUGGGAACCACAUGCUGCUGGUCAUAUCUGAGGAGCAAUUCAAGAUAUUCACUCUACCAAAAGUCAGCACAAAAAACAAGCUGAAACUGACAGCAAUUGAUGGGUCCCGGGUGCGGAAAGUGUCUGUGGCCAGUUUCAAUAGCAAUCGAGUGGAAGAUUACAGUGAGAAUGGACUUCUGGUGCUUACGAACCUUGGCGAUAUCCAGGUCAUUUCUGUCCCUACGCUCCGAAGUCAGGUUCGGUACGAGUGCAUCAGGAAGGAAGACGUCAGUGGAAUUGCGUCCUGUGUCUUCACAAAGUCUGGACAAGGUUUUUACCUCAUCUCUCCUUCCGAGUUUGAGAGGUUCUCCGUUUCAUCAAAAUGGGUAGUAGAACCAAGAUGCAUAAUUGAUAUUGAUGAGGGAGUUGGAACCAGGGCUUCUCAACAAAAAGCAGUGCAAGAUGGAGCAGUCGUGAAAGCCAACUCUCAAGAAUCAGAAGAUUCACAUCAAAUGCUGUCUGGAAUGACCAAGAGUGAGGAUGAUGUAAGGAAAACAGCAGAGAUCAUGGAGCAUGCACUGCUUAACGAUGAGAGAGUUUUAUUGGAGAUUCAGAGCACGCUCGAGUCUGACUCAGCUCUAACUGACAGAUUGAGUUUUGGACACCUGGACAGAAACUCCAAAAAUUCAACUGGGAUACAAACUCCAAAGCAGAGGAUGAUUAAUGGAGAUUGACAGUGAUGCUGAUGGGAGAACUCUGCUUUGUGCCAUAACACUACAUGUCCUACUGUUGGAGGAGGGGUCCCAUUAGGAGAAGACUGCUCCAUGAGACAGAUGGCAACUUGGGAAGAUGCCAGAUCAUUUAGUGCCUAAUUCACUAUUGUCCUGCUUCAACCCUUCCAUGGAAUAUUUUUCUCAUUUCUUUUCUGUCUCUUUGCACAGUCACUGAAUGUGAUGGAUUUUAAUUAAAUAACUGCCUGGGUGCAAAUAGUUUUAAUAGGGGAGCUUUAUACCACUAUCUGGUUUUUAUAUGGUUUUAGAUAUUUCUGAGGGAGUUCUCAUACAUUAAGUGGAAAUGAAAAUGUAGAAAUAAUUUUUAAAUUACAGAACAUUUAGUGAUAUUUAAUAUAUAUGUAUAAUUUAGUUCCUGGUGGCUGCUGUAAUUGUUUUACCUAGUCUAGUAUACAUUGAGGAAAUAUUUUCAUACUUUUGAAUGGUUUUAGUCUGUAAAGGUGCUCCUCCUGGAGUCUAUUUUUGUAGCCAAUCAUGUCAGUAGGAACCUAAUGAAAUGCCACUGCAAACACUACUCUACUGAAUGAUAAAUUAAACCAUUUUCACAUGAA